GGGGUCGGUGGCUGCUGGGCGGGCGGGGCGCAGGCCGCGGGGCCCGAGCCGGGGGGAGCGAGCGAGCGGAGGCGCCGAGGAUCCGAUUCACUCGCUUGGGAGAUCUAUGGGCCGAAGCCGUGUAAAUGCGUUUUAAGGCGAGUGCGGGGAGUGGCCUGGGGACCCUCGGCGAGCGGUCGCCCUCGGCUCCGGUGCUGACCUAUCCCCUGGCCCCUCUUCCCUCCUCUCAGCAGGGGCCUCGGCUCCGCAACUGCCACUCCUCGGGGUGUUGCACAAGUUUCGAGGUCACCGGCGACCCCCCCUAGCAGCACGCCUGGCUCUGGCCCCCGCGAAGGAGGACGGGGCUUGUGUGUUGCAUACUUUCUAAGCGGCGGCUGCAGCAGCGGCUCCACCCAGCCCGUCAGCUCCUCCAAAGCAUGGCUGGCUACCUGAGCGAAUCGGACUUUGUGAUGGUGGAGGAGGGCUUCAGCACCCGAGACCUGCUGGAGAAGCUCACUCUGGGGGCCUCACAGGCCACCACGGGUGAGGUUGCUGCUUUCUUCGUGGCGGACCUGGGUGCCGUCAUGAGGAGGCACUUCAGCUUUCUGAAGUGCCUUCCGCGAGUCCGGCCCUUUUACACUGUCAAGUGCAACAGCAGUCCAGGUGUGCUGAAGGUCCUGGCCGAGCUGGGGCUGGGCUUCAGCUGUGCCAACAAGGCAGAGAUGGAGUUGGUCCAGCGUAUUGGUGUCCCUGCCAGUAAGGUCAUCUACACCAACCCCUGUAAGCAAAUCGCACAGAUCAAGUAUGCUGCCAAGCAUGGGAUCCGGCUGCUGAGCUUUGACAACGAGAUGGAGCUGGCAAAGGUGGUAAAGAGCCACCCCAAUGCCCAGAUGGUUCUGUGCAUUGCCACUGAUGACUCCCACUCCCUGAGCCGCCUGAGCCUCAAGUUUGGAGCGUCGCUGAAAUCGUGCAGACACCUGCUUGAAAAUGCCAAGAGGAGCCACGUAGAGGUGGUGGGUGUGAGUUUUCACAUUGGCAGUGGCUGUCCCGACCCUCAAGCGUACGCUCGGUCCAUCGCAGAUGCCCGGCUUGUGUUUGAAAUGGGCACCGAGCUGGGCCACAGGAUGCACAUCCUGGACCUUGGUGGCGGCUUCCCUGGCAUGGAGGGGGACAAAGUGAGAUUCGAAGAGAUUGCUUCUGUGAUCAACUCAGCCUUGGACCUGUACUUCCCAGAGGGCUGUGGCGUGGACAUCCUUGCUGAGCUGGGGCGCUACUACGUGACCUCAGCUUUCACUGUCGCAGUCAGCAUUAUUGCCAAGAAGGAGAUUCUUCUGCACCAGCCCGGCAGCGAGGAGGAAAACGGUUCCGCCCCCAAGACCGUCGUGUACCACCUUGAUGAGGGCGUGUAUGGGAUCUUCAACUCAGUCCUGUUUGACAACAUCUGCCCUAGCCCCAUCCUGCAGAAGAAAUCAUCCACAGAGCAGCCACUAUACAGCAGCAGCCUGUGGGGCCCGGUGGCUGAUGGCUGUGACUGUGUGGCUGAGGGCCUGCGGCUGCCGCAACUACAAGUAGGGGACUGGCUGGUCUUUGACAACAUGGGCGCCUACACGGUGGGCACAGGUUCCCUCCUCGGGGGGACCCGGGCCUGCCGCAUCACCUAUGCUAUGUCCCGGGUGGCCUGGGACGCGCUGCGAGGGCAGCUGCUGCCUGCAGAACAGGACGAGGACGGCGAGGGUGUGUGCAAGCCUCUGUCCUGUGGCUGGGAGAUCACGGACACCCUGUGCGUGGGCCCUGUCUUCACCCCGGCGAGCAUCAUGUGAGCGGGCCCCGUCCCCCCACGGAGAACCCCAGCGGGGCCGCACAGAUGCCUCCGGGAGAGGUGGGGAAGACGGUGGCAAGGGCACCCUCUGGCCAGGACUCUGGUGCCUGCUCUGCCGCUCCCACGCUCCACCUGUAGUGUUUCUGCCCUGUAAAUAGGACCAGUCUUACACUCGCUGUAGUUCAAGUAUGCAACAUAAAUCCUGUCCCUUCCAGCCGUGUCUGCCUCCUCUGCAGCGCAAGGGGCCUGGCCAGCCAGGUGUGGGGGUGUUCUUGGGGUCUCCCUCUGUCUCCUUCCCAUGUUUGUAAAUAUGAAGCAAAUAAAUAUUUAGGUUUUUUAAUACUC